CUCGGAGCGGCGUGGGAAGCCGACGCCGUCUGCGGGCCAAGAGGAUAAAAAGGCCGGAGCAGCCGAGGGGCCACGCGGCGGCUCCAACAGUUGAACUCCCUCCUCCUCUUCAUCGUCCUCCUCCUCCUCCUCCUCCCCACCACCAUGAGGGCCCUCGGCGUGUCUCUGGUCCUCGGCUCCUUGCUGACCCUGAGCCGGGCCGCCCCGCUCUACCCCAACAACAACAACAACAACAACCUCUCGAGGAGCUCGGGUCUGUGCGAGUACGAGAGGGACCAGCGCCCCCACCUGGUGGGCUCCUUCCGGCCGCGCUGCGACGCCUACGGGAACUUCCUGCCGCAGCAGUGCUGGGCGUCCAGCGGCUACUGCUGGUGCGUCAACACGGUCACCGGAGAGGACGUCCCCGACAGCAGCAGGCCGAUGGGCGGGGGGGCGCACAGCGACUGCGGCGAUGAGUUCUCCUGCCCGGACCGCUGGGACCGCUUCGGUCACCAGUGCUUCGUCUUCAUCGACAGCAGGAAGACGUGGACGGAGGCCGAGGGCUACUGCCUGUUCGAGGACGCCAACCUGGCCACGGUCCACGGUCCCGAGGAGAACCGCUUCCUGCAGGCGCUGACCCGGGGGGAGAGCCACGAGUUCCCCGUGAGCUGGAUCGGGGGCUACGACGCCAUCCACAUGAACAACUGGAUGUGGACCGACGGCUCCAGGUUCGACUAUGAGAACUGGGCCGUGGACUACGAGCCCAGGAGAACCCAGAGCUGCCUGAAGAUGAACUAUGGCUACCAGAAGAAGUGGAUCAACAGCCACUGCAACGACACGCUGCCCUUCAUCUGCGCCAAGAUGAUGGACCCUCACCUGGCUUAGAAAGUCCUGGUCCACCUGUGAAGUCCUGGUCCUCCUGUGAAGUCCUGGUCCUCCUGUGAAGUCCUGGUCCUCCUGUGAAGUCCUGGUCCUCCUGUGAAGUCCUGGUCCUCCUGUGAAGUCCUGGUCCUCCUGUGAAGUCCUGGUCCUCCUGUGAAGUCCUGGUCCUCCUCUGAAGUCCUGGUCCUCCUCUGAAGUCCUGGUCCUCCUGUGAAGUCCUGGUCCUCCUCUGAAGUCCUGGUCCUCCUGUGAAGUCCUGGUCCUCCUCUGAAGUCCUGGUCCUCCUCUGAAGUCCUGGUCCUCCUGUGAAGUCCUGGUCCUCCUCUGAAGUCCUGGUCCUCCUCUGAAGUCCUGGUCCUCCUGUGAAGUCCUGGUCCUCCUGUGAAGUCCUGGUCCUCCUGUGAAGUCCUGGUCCAGGUCUUUCCAACAUCUCACCUCCUUUUGGAUUCAACACGACCCAGAAUCACAUUUCUGAGAUCCUUAAAGCAGACGAGUGAAUUAUGUUUCAGUGUUAAAGCGCCAAAUUACAUCAAAUAAAAAUAAACAUCUAUAAAUAGAAUACAAUAAAGUC